AUGACCGUCACUUCUCGUGGCACUCAAUAUGAUCGCUUAGCUCUCAUGUAUCUGGGAGACGCAGAAGUAUUCCGAACCUCAACCGCCGAACCCACUUCAACUGGAAUUGUGUGGACCUACAUUAAGGAAAUGUCUCAGUACAAUGCCUUGUGGCAAGAGCCUCAGAAACUGAUCUUUGACCUGGGAAACAUCAUUACUGAUGUUUAUACUGGCCCAUACAAUGUGACUUUGACGGCGCAUUUCUCGUACGAGAACAAUGCUAGAACCGCCGAUAUCAUUCUUCCACUCUCGACCAGGAAGUCGUCUUCCAAUUCAUCCAGCUCCUUCACAGUGCCAACGGACAAUACGACCGUGUCUUACAAGAUCCCAGCUGCGGCAUCUCGGGCUGUUGUGUCAAUCUCUGCAUGCGGGCAGUCUGAGGAAGAAUUCUGGUGGUCCAAUGUCUUCACCGAGGAUUCAGAGGAUUUUGAAGAUACCGCAGGAGAAUUUUAUGGAUUCUCACCGUUCCGAGAGAUUCAGCUCUACAUUGACGGGAUCCUUGCGGGGGUUGUUUGGCCUUUCCCCAUCAUUUUCACCGGAGGUGUAGCACCGGGAUUCUGGCAUCCUGUUGUUGGCAUCGAUGCUUUUGACCUUCGGCAACCAGAAAUCGACAUCUCGCCAUUCUUACCUCUGGUACAAGAUGGUCAAGAACAUGCAUUUGAGAUCAGAGUCACCGGUCUCAAUGUCUCCAGUGGGGGUGUUGCCACGCUUGCGAAUACAGUGAACUCAUACUGGGUGGUCACCGGCAACAUUUUUCUCUAUACCGAUGAUAAGAACACCUCAGCUCUUGCCACUGGAGAUACCACCGCCCCUUACGUGGAAUCACCUGAGCCCAAAUUUACCAUAACACGAAACCUUGUGGAAAAUGAAAGCCUAUCAUACUCGGUGGUCGCAGAGAGGACAUUCAAGUCCACGUCCUCUAAGUUUGCCUGGUCACAGACACUCUCUUAUUACAAUUAUGGAUACGUCAACCAAGCUGGCUUCGGUCAAGUCAACAGGCAGCUCACUUCAGGCAAGAACAAUAUCGCUAAACUCGGCGAAAACUCGAGCUCUAAUGAGACCACCUUCAAUUACCCUUUGCUGGUUAAUGCAACCUAUACUCUCACCGAUACUUCAGAGACCAUUGAUUCCUGGAUGAAGCGUGGCCUUGAGAUCGAGUCUACUGGUGGGCCCGGUAUAUCUACAUAUACCAUGGCUUCUGGGCCUUCGCGGCUUUAUACAACUCAGUCUGGAAAAGCAUACUACGGGGCAUUUUCCGGAGAAAGCACAACCUCUACCGGCAGCACACUAGAUGAGUACCAGAGCACGGCAAAUGGAGUGGAAUAUUCAAGAACUGUUCGGGCAAUUGGGGGCAAUGUGGUUUAUGACAGCCAGCCUAGCAGUGGGGAGAAGUCUUCAUUUCAGUCCCAUAAUGCAGGACCACUGGGAAGAGGCAGCGUAAGGAAUCCAGCCCCCCGGUCACUGCUCGCCGCUUUUGAGCAAACCGAUAUCCUUGAUUAUGAAGAGCACCCCGCUAAGCGUCGCAAGGUCUCCAAGUAUACUGUAGCCAACUUGGCUCAGACACUGGGUCUUUCUUCAAAUGGAACACCACUGGGAUACAUCCCACUGGCUCGGCUGGCUUUGCGCAUGGUGAGUGUUCGAGUGACCACCGUGCCUGAACAAGUGGCUAACAGUUUGCCGCUUUUACUUCAGAUCUUCACCGGUGACUCUCAAUCGAACAUUGAUGACUUUCAAAGCUCAAUAGAUCCUUCUCGCCGACUUCCUGUUCUUCUUGGGGUCAUACCCAUUCAUUCGAUCGAUGGCAAUUCACUCUCGGCCACGGAUCAAACCUCAGUCAACCAUGCUUCCUACACACUCGAACUAAGGACGGUCGGCUCAGAAAAAAUAGAGGGGGAAGGAAUUAUACAACACACUUUCGACGAAUCAAGACUACGCAGCUUGUUCCAGCAGCUCAACCUUGCAAGUAGACUCUCUUCCGCGGACAGGUACUCCAAUGGACCUCCAACCGCAUGCUAUCAAGCCACUCUAUCUCGAUCUGAUAGAAAUUUGUUUUGUUUAGAAGUAAACAUACUUUGGAAAGAUUCACUGGACAUCCCGGAUCUUAUGCACCUUCGAGAUCCAAUUUUGCAUGUCUUCGGGAAGUACGCUCUGCAGGAAGCUUUUGACCCUCCUGAGGGGGUCUCCACGAAACGUCUACUUCGUGAAAAGCUACUUGGCUCUUCUCAGACUUGGUCCCCUCGACGAUUUUAUGACAGUGUUCAUGUUCCCCCACAGACUGAAAGAACAUCAGCAGACAUCAAAUGUCCAGAUCUAGUUUGUGAGCUAUUUCCUUUUCAGAGGAGAGCCGUUCGAUGGCUUCUACAGAGAGAAGGAAUGGAGCUCCAGUCAGAUGGAAGUCCUACUCCCAUCAGUAAACCCUCCACGGGUGGCCUUCCAGCAUCGUUUCAGCAGAUGAAAGAUGCGGAUGGACGAAUCUGCUUUUUUAGCCAUCUUUUUAUGAUAAUCACUACAGAUCUCUCAGCAUGGGGAGAUGAUGCAGCAGAUAAUAUCAAAGGUGGAAUCCUCGCAGAGGAGAUGGGAUUGGGCAAAACUGUCGAGAUGAUUGCGCUAGUUAGCUUAAAUCGACGCCCCAUUCAGCUGAAGCUGGAUCCUGACGGAUUGAGAGCAUCAGGAGCGACAUUGAUCAUCACUCCCCCCGCAAUCCUCGAGCAAUGGAAACAGGAGUUUCAGCAGCAUGCUCCAGAGCUACGCGUGCAUCACUACACAGGAAUAAAGCGUGGCCAAGAAGGAUCAGAUGAUCUGAUCAUCGAAGAACUUUCCGAGUUUGAUGUUGUUCUGACCACGUAUAACGUGAUUUCUAGGGAGGUGCAUUACACCAAUACGGCCCCAAAGCGAAGCCUGCGCCACAAAAAGAGAUUCGAAGCUCGUCAAACACCGUUGGUCCGAAUCUCAUGGUGGCGGGUUUGCCUUGAUGAAGCCCAAAUGAUUGAGAGUGGAGUCAGUAAUGCAGCCAAGGUGGCGCGCUUGAUACCUAGAGUCAAUGCUUGGGCUGUCACGGGCACACCUCUUCGGCGUAACAUCGAUGACCUGUUUGGUCUUCUGUUAUUCCUUCGAUAUUACCCAUUUUGCCAUUCCAAUCCAUUGUGGACUCGGUUGUAUUCCAAGUUUGGGUCAGUUUUAGUGCACAUCAUCCAGAAAAUUGCCCUUCGGCACACCAAGGAUUGUGUUCGGGAUGAACUCCGCUUGCCACAACAGAAGAGAAUCGUCAUCACUACCCCAUUCACAGCUAUCGAAGAGCAACAUUAUGGUCAACUCUUUGAGGAAAUGUGUGAACAAUGCGGUCUCGACGCGACAGGUGCACCGCUCAGCAGUGACUGGAAUCCCGAAGAUCCCGGCAUAAUUGAACGAAUGCGUUCUUGGCUAACACGACUCCGUCAGACUUGCCUUCAUCCAGAAGUUAGUGGCAGCAAUCGCAGGGCUUUGGGUGCCGGAAGUGGGCCAUUGCGCACCGUUGAUGAAGUUCUUGAGGUUAUGAUUGAAAAUACCGACACAUCAAUCCGCGCCGAGGAGCGAGCUCUCCUCCUGUCGCAGCUCCGCCGGGGGCAAUUUCUGGAGAACGCUAAGCGUCGAAAGGAGGCCCUAUCUAUCUGGCAGGCAGCUUUGGAGCAUUCUACCAAACUGGUUGAAGAAGGCAGAGCACAACUAAGUUUGCAAAAAGAACUUCUCAAAGAUGCUAUAAAGGAUGGCUCGAAAGAUCCGUCAGAAGAGAUAAGCGAUGAUGAAAAUGAAGAAGCAGAUAAAAACAGUCGCAUUGGUCAAUGUCGACUGAGGUUGCGCGCGGCUCUUGAGGUGCAACAUAUUGCCGUUUUCUUCACUGCAAAUGCGUAUUUCCAGAUCAAAAGCGACACUAGUCUUACUCAGCCCGAGUCUGACGAGUUCAAGAUGCUUGAGAAGAAAGAAGAGGAGGGCUAUGAGGCGGCUAAGAUCAUCCGUAAAGAGAUGUUGACCGACAUCUCUCAGAAGGUUGAGCGAUACAUGAAGAUGAUCAAGGAGAAAACGCAGAAGAAGCAGUUUGUUCAAAUUCCAAAGAUGAAACCCCACCUGUACAACAGAGGGCUUGAAUCUUAUCGACUACUCAACAAUUUUGAAGACUUGUGCACUUCUUUGAACAAGCAUGCUGAGCAGUAUAUCGAAUGGCGAGAGGUUAUGAUCAACCUUGUUUCACAGUCGCUCAUUGACCAAGAAGAGGAUGCCGAGCUUGAGGGCAACGAGUAUGAGCGGUCGACCAAACAUCAAGAUGAGAUGUACGUUUAUAUGGAAGCUCUGCGAACAGCCUACGCAGAUCGCCAUGAUGCUCUCACUGGUCAGAAGAACAUUCUCAUCUCCCACGAGGUGAAGGCUGGCAUCAUCCAAGCACAAAAAGAUGAAGGGCCCUCUCCGAAACUGUUUCUUUCCAUCAUGAAUACUCGCAGUGAAAUCAUGCCCGACUCCCAGCUGGGAUCGCUUCGUGGUAUUAUCAGCGAACUUCGUAGCCUGGUUACCUCGCUCGACUGGCAGGCGACUGGAGGAAGUUCGCGGGCUCGUGCUGAACUCGAGUUGGUUGUUGAAGUUUUGAAAAAUGCCGGACAGAUGAUUGCCGAGCAACUCAAAGUGUCGGCUAGCUUAGAGAGGGAGGUUGAAAUGUUUCGUGACACUAUGAACAAUAGGCUGGAAUACUACCGACAUUUGCAACAGAUUUCGGAUACGGUGGCACCUUAUGACGAGGAAAAUGCUGGGAAGCCUAUGAACGAGGAUCUUUUUGCUUCCAAGCUAAAGCAGGAAGAAAAGCUUGAAAGUAAAAUUUCUUCUUUGAAGUCCAAGAGGCGAUAUCUCAUCCACCUUCGGGAUGAGUCUGGCUCAGAAGACUCUAGCAGGAUUUGCAUCAUCUGCCAAUCGAGCUUCGAAGUUGGUGUCUUAACCGUUUGUGGUCACAAAUACUGCACAGACUGUUUGCGGCUUUGGUGGCGUCAACAUCGAACCUGUCCUAUGUGCAAAAGGCCGUUGAAAUACAACGACUUUCAUCAGAUCACCUACAAGCCACAAGAGCUGGUUGCUCAAGAAGAAGAGUCAGCUAUCAAAUUCGAUCAUGAGCGGCAUUCAAAGAAUGCGAUUUAUAGUGAUAUCAGCUCUGGUCUUUUGAAUGAGAUCAAAAAUAUCGACCUGAAUGGCUCUUUCGGCACCAAGAUCGACACUCUUGCACGCCAUAUCAUAUGGCUACGAGAGUAUGACCCUGGAGCCAAAUCUAUUAUCUUUUCUCAGUACAAAAACUUUUUGGAAGUUUUACAAAGAGCUCUUCAUCGCUUCAAGAUCGUCAGCAGUAGCGUUGAUUAUCCUGGUGGUAUCGAGAGUUUCAAGAAGGAUCCAGCGGUUGAAUGCUUUUUAUUGCAUGGGAAGGCACAGUCAUCAGGGUUGACCUUGAUUAAUGCUACCCAUGUGUUUUUGUGUGAGCCGCUAAUCAACACCGCGAUUGAACUUCAGGCCAUUGCUCGAGUACAUCGAAUCGGUCAGCAUCGCCCCACUACCGUUUGGAUGUAUCUUGUUUCCGGUACGGUGGAAGAGUCCAUAUAUGAGUUAUCUGUUGCUCGUCGACUAGCCCAUAUCAUCGAAAAGGAGAAACAAGAGAAGAAUGCUCGCUCGACAUUUCCUGAAGAUUUUGAUGAAUCAUUGAUCAAUGAUCUGACCGAAACAGCUAUUGACUCUGCUAAUUCCAUGGAAAUACAAGAUGCAGGUCUAACAAACUUGAUGACAAGUGGUGCAUCAGGUGGAGAACUGGUCAAAAAAGAUGAUCUGUGGCAGUGUCUUUUUGGAAAUGCAGUAUCGAAAGAGGAUGAUAAUGAUCGUUCAGCUGAGGCGGAGAGGGAAGUUAGCAGAUUCUUGCGAGGCGAAGCUGCGUAUCAAAGACGAGAUGAGGCUCAUCUAUGA